CUCCAAUAUAAUAAAUCACGUGAUACAUCACAUGAUCAAUAUUUUUAACUGUCCAAGAUGUCCGAAAAACUCAACGUUUUCCCUUCAAGAAUGGCCUUGACCAUUAUGAAGGCCAGACUGAAGGGAGCACAAAAGGGUCACAGUUUGUUAAAGAAAAAAGCUGAUGCUUUAACUCUUAGAUUUCGUAAUAUCCUGAAAAAGAUCAUUGAGACUAAAAUGAUAAUGGGUGAUAUUAUGAAGACAGCUUCAUUCUCUUUAGCAGAAGCUAAGUUUGCUACAGGUGAUUUAAAUCACAUGAUCUUACAGAAUGUGACUAAAGCUCAAAUCAAAGUUAAAAGCAAGAAGGAGAAUGUUGCUGGUGUAAAUUUACCAAUAUUUGAACAUUAUCAAGAUGGAGCUGAUACAUAUGAAUUAACUGGUUUAUCUCGAGGUGGACAACAGAUAGACAGAUUAAAGAAGAAUUAUGCUAAAGCUAUACAAUUGUUAGUUGAACUAGCAUCUUUACAGACAUCAUUUGUUACGUUAGAUGAAGUUAUUAAAAUAACCAACAGACGUGUUAAUGCUAUAGAACAUGUUAUCAUUCCAAAAAUAGAAAGAACCUUAAGUUAUAUCAGUACAGAGUUAGAUGAAAGAGAACGUGAGGAGUUCUAUAGAUUGAAGAAAGUACAGGAAAAGAAGAAAGCAAUUAGAAAAAUAAAAGAAGAGGCAGCAGAGGAUCGUAAACAGGCUGGUUUAUUAAUAGAACAGGGAAAUAAUCUGUUGGCCGAUGAUUACGAUGAAGACUUGUUAUUUACAGAUUAAAUACACCAUCUUUAAGGCCAUACAAAAAAAAUAUUCUGGUUAACAGGCAAUAAUUCCUGAAAAUCUGACGGCAGAUGAGGGUUUUUUUUUAUUUUGUCAAAGAAUCACUAAUGGACUUCUCAUAAACAUCACCAUUUCAAGUCAUUACUCAUCAUGUUGUUGAAUGCAUGAUUAUCCAGUAGUUUUUAUGAUUACCUAUAACAUUUAUCAGGCUCAUAUAUUUGAUAAUUGAGUCUAGGGUACAAUUCCGGUUUCACUCAAAUUUUUACUUUCUGUAACUGGAGGAAAAUAUUUACAUGCAGUAAAUAAUGAGACCCGUUUUUAUUUUUUAUGUCACAUGGGAGUAUCUGAGAACCGGAAUAUUUUUUUAUAUAUGGCCUAAUAUUAGGCAAUAUUUAUAGAACUUUCUACCAUAUAUUACAUAAAAUGGACGGUGUCCAAUUUUCUUAAAAUGGGUGUACAGGAUUAAAUGAGCAGAAUAUUUAAUCAGCAUUUAACAGAGUUACAUCUGUGAAAUUAUUUCUGAAUAUUAACCUAUAGUUAUAUUACCUAUUAGUAGAGUCUUUCUAUUAUAUUACAAUUGAUAAGUCCCAUAAGGUUGUAGAUUGUGGGAUAUAGACCAUAUAGAUAUGUACCUUACAGAACAACACUAUUUCUGUCUUUAUAGAAUAUUUGUAAAACAAAAUAUUAUAACCGUUAUAAAUAGUUAUUUAUGUAUAUAAGGUUGAAAAAAUUGAAUAUAAUUUUCUUAUGUAUGAAACAAAUGUUAUUAUCAUAUUAUGUUUGCAUUAUAGAUCUUAAUUUUUAAAAAGAGGGUCUGAGGUGGGAGUGGUGGUGCACCUAGAAAGAGAGGGAUGUACUAGAAAAAAGGGAUGUGUAAGGGGGAUGUUUCCCUAAAAAAGAGGGACAAAGUUAAAGGGAGAUAAUAUUUUUACAUAUUAUAAUACCAAUUGUAUUACAAAGGUUACUGUUUAUUACUGAGCGAUGUUUCGAUUAGGCUUCUCUCGUUUUUAUUGCUUGAUAAAUACUAGGAGAGGCUAGUCAAAACAUCUCUCAGUUAUAAGCAGUAACUGUAUUCCAUAGAAAUGUUACCUGGGUAUUACUAAAUGCCAUUAAAACAAUAUACCAUUUCAAUACUGGUAGUAAUGUUAUGAUAUAGACUAUGGUUAUACCACCUCUAUCUUCAGACCUGUCAUGUGCCCCUGUUGUAUGUAUUAUUGAGCGAAUGAGUACUGUCCUGUUAUGUUCGUUGAUUUAAUGUUUUCAUCUAUUGGUGCAUUUGAUCCGUAUUAUUAGGAAAAGAUGUGUGUGGUUAUAAAAUAUGACAGAUUUUAGUUACAAUUUAUGUAAAUUUCUAUGUUUGUAGGCACUACUCAAAGAUCCAAAACUGUAAAUUUCUCAAUUUUAACAUUUCCUGAUUGAUUGUAAAUGUAAAUAUUUAAAAAUUAAUAUUUUUGAUGUACAUCUUGAUGCUAAAAUUAAAAUUUUGAUACUGGGAUAAGUACAAUUUUGCAUAGUGUAUGGUUCUAGAGUCCCGGUACAAUUCUGUCCCAAUUACAAUGAAAUAAAUCUGAUAAUUUCUAGUCAAGUAUAUAGACUAAAACUAUGUAUGUAAUCAUAUUGUAUACAAGUGUGUGAUUAAAACAGUAUAUAUCAACUAUC